GGCGUGGUGACGUCACGGCUUCGUGGAAUCCUGCGCGCUAUCCCUUACGGAGUCCGGGAGAAGCAGCAGCAGCGGCGGCGGUGGUGUGGAGACCAGGAGCGGCGCAGGGAGCAGAAGUCUUUCGUUUUGGAGAGGCCACAGCAUGAAUUUUCCAGGAAUCAAAGAAGACUGUGAGACCUUCCUUGGCCUCUUCCAGACCACCGACACUGUGCGUUAUGAGGAAUUCUUAUCAAUAUGGAAAGAGAUCAAAUUCAACACCAUUUUCUAUGGUGGGAUGAGGAGUCUGGAGUGUAAUAGGUUCACAAGAGAAUUGUUUUCUGUUGUCUCAGCCUAUUUCCUCCCACCCUACACAUUUCAGAUUCGAGUGGCUGCCAUGUACUUAAUGUAUGGUCUAUAUAACACUCAGCUGUGUCAGCCCAAACAAAAGAUACGUAUAGCCCUGAAGGACUGGACUGAUGUAGAACAGUUACAUCAGGAACUAAUCAGUGCGCAGCAUUUAGACGCUGUAUACAUCUACAGACAGCUGCGCCUCAUGCGGGCCUUUUACUUCACAGGGAUGCCCACCAUGCUUACCUUCAAGUCACAGAAGAGCAUGAAACCUAUAGAAAGCAGGGAGGAAUUUAUGGAAAAAAAAGACAGAGUAGCCGACUUGAUAACGUCAGAAUCUUUGGAGGAAAUCAUGAAUAUUCAAGAGCACUACCAGAAAACAAAAUGUAAUCUUUCUGCAGAUCGAUCCCAGCCAAAUAAGGCUCUGAGUUUGCUAAAAGAGGACUUUACAGAUAAUAUGCAGUCUCUAGUAGAAGAACAUCAGUUUUGGACGCAAGAAAAAGCGGCACCAAGAACCAAACUUGAUGAUGAGCAAGAAGGCACUUCUCAAGAAUCAGAGGGGUCAGAGAGAGCAAGACAUCUGGCGCAGAUAAAAUCUAAAACCUACACUGCAGUGACACAGGCGGUCAGGUCCAGACGUCACCGGCAGGUUCAGAUGGCGAUGAAAUCCACUGUGGCUGAAAUACAUAUUCCAAUCACUAAAGCAGAAAGGGAACGAUUAAGGAGAGCCAGGAGGAGGGCUUGGCGAGAAGCCACAAAGAAAGCCAACAUGCCAUUACCUGAGAAGGAACCUGUGAAAAUGCCAGUGAUUCCAGAGGAAGAGUCUUCAUCCAGCAGUGAAGAUCUUCAAGCUUCAAAGAGACUAAGAAUAGGCCAAGAUUUAUGAUCUUGACUGCCAAGCAGAAGAGUGAAGAACUGUACAGGACGACAUAGAAACAUUUGUAUAUACUGUGCCUGUAAUAUAUUUUUAUACUGGUGACUGCAUUUUUUGGGGGGAGCCCAAGUAAUAGAAUGUUAUUUAUUCUGUGUUUUUUUUGUUGUUGUGGUCCCCGGCUGUUUUUACUGCACUUUAAUCUCCUUAUGCAACGUCUGCCAUGGACGGGAUCACAUGGGUCACUGCCGCUAAUGACUGAUCUCAUCACUGACGUCUCCUCAAGCGGCAUGUGACCCAUCAGGGACUUGCUGCUUUGGGACAGGUUACCGCUGAGGCUAGUGAUACAGGUACUGGAGCACAGUAAAGACAGCUGGGGGCCUGGGGGGGGGUUCUAGGGUUAAAAAAAGAAGUCAACCCUGGACAACCU